CCCUCUUCUUUUUUUUUUUUUUUUUUUUUUUUUCCCUCCUCCCUCCCCUCCCCUGCCUUGGAUUGAGACAGAGGGGAAAGGCUUUCGGAGCACACAGUUGAUGUAAACAGACGCAGGCGUUUCGCCUUUACAGCACGAAGGCUGGGUUGUUGUUUUGAAAAUUGCACUGGAGAACCGAGGGGAUUUUUAUGAUGAUCAUCAUGCUCCUAGGUCCAUCUUUGCUCGCUCGCUCUCUCGCCGGCUGCGAGACGCUAGUGGACAUGUUAUGCUUCUGACUGAAAAGAGGUUGAAUAAGAUGAGAAAGGAGGAGAUUUAUUAAAAAAAAAAAAAAAAAAAAAAAGACACAACGUCGCAUUCAACCGGGAAACUUUCUGAAUAUUUCUGGAAGAGGAUGCUUGCCGGGUUUGUGAACCGCGAGAUCGGUGGAUGUUUAUCCGGAGGGAGGUGUUAGCAGAAGACGCUCCCGGGCGCCGGGAGGAGUUUGCGCCGGCGGCGGCGGCCCCGCGGCCGCGGAGCUCUCGGAGAAAAUGAGUUUCGGGGUGAGCUGCUGAGUCAGAGGUGGACCUGUGGAGAGAAGAUCAGCAGCUGCGAGGGAGCCGCCGGCCUGCGCGGCACGCGCAUCAAGAUGAGUUUAGAAAAUGAUGAUAAGAGAGCACGCACGCGAUCCAAGUCUAUCCGAGUGCCCACGGAGCUCAUCGGCCAGGAGGUGAGCUGUCCAACCCCAGGCUGCAAUGGCUCGGGACACAUCCGUGGGAAGUAUGCGAGACACAGAAGUUUACAAAGCUGCCCUCUAGCCAAGAAGAGGAAACUUCAGGAUGCUGAGGCCGAACAUCUGGUGUCCAAGAGGAAAUCCCAUCCACUCAAACUGGCCUUGGAUGAAGGCUACAACGUCGACAGCGACGGCAGUGAGGAGGCCGAGGCCAAGGAGGAGUCGGGCUCCGAUGAGUCGGAGGGGAUGCUGGAGGAGGACGAGGCAGAGGCGAUGGAGCAGGAGGAGACCCGCAGCCCCGAGGCAGCAGAAGAGAGAAGCCCAGCAAAAUCAACCCACUAUGGACAAAACACAGCAACAAGUACAUCUGGGCCCAGCAAGGCCAACUACAGCAGCUACCAAGAAAUAAUCGCCAACUCUCUCCUAAACUUAGGCCAAAUAGCAGAGGAAACCCUCGCCAUUGAAGGGCAGCUGCCCGAAGCAGAGCUGCAGGGCUCCAAGCCGGCAUCCAAUGUCGUGCAUUUGGUCCAUGAGGAUGCAGGAGAGGAGUUGGUGGAGGAGGAGUGUGACAAGGAGAUCAUCAUCCAGACGGAGGACGCGGAGGAGGUCAUCGAGGUCACCAGCGAGCGCAGCAGCGAGUUGUGUCCAGAGCCCCGGGACGAGACGAACGGAGAGGAGUCCUGCAAACUGGAAAAGGCUGAAGCGGAAGAAGAGGAUGAGGAGGAUGAUGAGGAGGAGGAUGAUGAGGAGGAGGAAGAGGAGGAAGAGGAUGAGGAGGAGGAGGAGGAAGAGGAAGAAGAGGAGGAGGACGAGGAGGAGGAGAUGGCUCCUGAAGUGAUCUGCGAGGAAGCUCCUCACACUUCUCAGGACCCCCAGAAAAGCCACUGUGAGGGGCAGUUCAGCCCCAAGCCCGAGUACUCGGUCAUCGUGGAGGUCCGGUCGGAUGACGACAAGGACGACGACGCCCGCUCCCAGAAAUCAGCCGUGACUGAUGAGUCGGAGAUGUACGACAUGAUGACCAGGGGCAACCUGGGGCUGCUGGAACAAGCCAUUGCCCUGAAAGCCGAGCAGGUGAAAAUCGUGCGGGAGCCCAGCCGGCUGCCAGGAGAGCACGUGAAGCACUUCCAGGUGGAGGACAAACAGAACAAACCGCUGGACAGCAUCCGGAAGAGCUACUACGGCAAAGAUCCUUCAAGACCCGAGAAGCGAGAAAUCAAAUGUCCAACUCCUGGCUGCGAUGGGACUGGACACGUCACGGGACUUUACCCCCACCAUCGCAGCCUCUCUGGUUGUCCGCACAAAGACAGGAUCCCCCCCGAGAUCCUGGCGAUGCACGAGAACGUGUUGAAGUGCCCCACGCCCGGGUGCACAGGACAGGGUCAUGUCAACAGCAACCGCAACACGCACAGGAGUUUAUCUGGGUGCCCCAUUGCUGCUGCUGAGAAAUUAGCCAAAUCACAUGAAAAGCAACAAACCCAGUCUGGUGAUCCUGCAAAGACCAGCUCCAAUUCUGACCGGAUACUCAGGCCUAUGUGCUUUGUGAAGCAACUGGAGAUCCCUCAGUAUGGAAGCUACAGGCCCAACAUGGUCCCAGCAACCCCCCGGGCCAACUUGGCCAAGGAGCUGGAGAAGUACUCCAAGGUCACCUUCGAUUAUGCAAGUUUUGAUGCUCAGGUUUUUGGCAAACGCAUGCUUGCCCCAAAGAUUCAGACUAGCGAAACCUCACCUAAAGCCUUUAAAUCCAAACCUUUUCCAAAGGCCUCUUCCCCCAGCCACAGCCCCUCCAGCAGUUACGUGAAGAGCACUUCAUCUUCCUCCACAGGCUUCGACUACUCCCACGACGCUGAGGCUGCGCACAUGGCGGCCACCGCCAUCCUCAACCUCUCCACCCGCUGCUGGGAGAUGCCCGAGAAUCUCAGCACCAAGCAGCAAGAGGCCCCUGGCAAGUCCAUGGACAUUGAAGUGGAUGAAAAUGGAACUCUGGACUUGAGUAUGAACAAACACCGCAAACGGGAGAGCACCUUCCCCAGCAGCAGCAGCUGCAGCAGUAGUCCCAGCAUGAAGUCCCCAGACGUGUCCCAGCGCCAAAACAGCACCAGUGCCACGAGCAGCACCAUGACCUCCCCCCAGUCCAGCCAGACCUCCCGCCAGGAUGAAUGGGAUGGGCCCAUUGACUACACUAAACCAAACCGCCAGCGGGAAGAGGAGCCAGAGGAGUCAGAGCCUGCUGCCCACUCUUUUGCCUCCUCGGAAGCUGAUGAGCAAGAAGCGUCAGAGGAGAACUUUGAAGAGAGAAAAUACCCAGGUGAAGUUACUUUAACCAACUUCAAGCUGAAAUUCCUCUCCAAGGACAUCAAGAAAGAGCUGCUCACUUGCCCAACCCCAGGCUGUGAUGGCAGUGGACACAUAACGGGGAACUAUGCCUCUCACCGCAGCCUUUCUGGUUGUCCUCUUGCUGACAAGAGCCUCAGAAACCUCAUGGCUGCCCACUCUGCUGACCUCAAGUGCCCUACUCCUGGUUGUGAUGGCUCUGGUCACAUAACAGGAAAUUAUGCAUCACAUAGAAGUCUGUCAGGCUGCCCUCGUGCCAAGAAAAGUGGGAUCAAGAUCACCCCGACAAAGGAUGAUAAAGAGGACCCAGAGCUGAUGAAGUGUCCUGUUCCGGGCUGUGUCGGGCUGGGACACAUCAGUGGCAAGUACGCGUCUCACCGGAGCGCCUCCGGGUGCCCGCUGGCAGCCCGCAGGCAGAAGGAAGGAUCGCUCAACGGCUCCUCCUUCUCCUGGAAGUCCUUGAAGAACGAAGGCCCAACCUGCCCCACCCCAGGCUGUGACGGUUCUGGCCACGCCAACGGGAGCUUCCUCACUCACAGAAGUUUGUCAGGGUGUCCAAGAGCUACUUUUGCUGGGAAGAAAGGAAAACUCUCAGGGGAUGAAAUUCUCAACACAAAGUUCAAGACUAGUGAUGUUCUGGAGAACGAUGAGGAAAUCAAGCAGCUGAACAAGGAGAUCAGUGAGCUGAACGAGUCCAACUCAGAGAUGGAAGCAGCCAUGGUGAAACUGCAGUCCCAGAUCUCCACCAUGGAGAAGAACCUGAAGAACAUUGAGGAGGAAAACAAAAUCAUAGAGGAGCAAAACGAAGCCCUGUUCCUGGAGCUCUCAGGGUUGAGCCAGGCUCUCAUCCAAAGUCUUGCCAACAUCCGCCUUCCACACAUGGACCCAAUUAGUGAGCAGAACUUUGAUGCCUAUGUGAAUACACUGACAGACAUGUACACCAACCAGGAGUGCUACCAGAACCCGGAGAACAAGGACCUGCUGGAGAGCAUCAAGCAAGCUGUCAAGGGCAUCCAGGUGUAGUGCCAUGGGAUGGAGAGCAGCAAGCAAACAGACUGUAAGAUGGAACUUCCCCUCCAAGUAUUCAGGUUUACAAGUUAGAAAACUUGUUUAAUGAAUGAAAAAAAAAAGAAAGAAAAAAGGACCAAAAUGUAACCAAGAGGCCAUUUCUGAGACAUGGAACUGAUCAAACUCAAUGUUCUCGUUUACUUAACUUUGGACCUUCUUGAGAAAUGUGGGAUUUUUUUCCACCUUGACCACGAGGUAGAUCAGGAUGGAAGAUUAAAUUCUCCAGUAGGCUGUGGGGCUUGGUAGCAGGUGAAGAGCAAGCACCUUCCAUGAGUUGCUUGUUCUUGCAGAAUAGAUCCAAGGGUUAAAACGUUACAAGAACAGGGUCUUGUCUGAUCCGAGACUAGUGUAUGACUGGCUUAAACCCUCAUGUUGUCUAUGGUCGUAUGUCCAGAUCACCUACUCACACAUGAGUUAUGUUCUGUGUUGCUACAAGUGCUGGAGCUGCAAGCUACCUGUAAAUCUGAACCUAUGCUGGGCCUCCCAAUCCCAAAGUGUUCAGAUAUCCACUGGGCAUGGGAACUCUGAAGUAUUAUAAAGUAGCUUAUUUUUAUUUUCUGAAAGAAAUCUGAAGAGCAGUUCUGGAUCUCCAGUGGAAAGCGCAAUGGAAAAAAGGUUCUCAGGGAAGCUUUUGGAGUUUGCAACUACAGUAUUCCUUUGUCUGUCUUAAAUAUGAGAGUAGCUAUUAUGAAUAGGCCAAUUCCAGAUAUUUCAAACAGAAGAAUUUCUUUAAUGUGUCAUGGUCCGGUGUAUAUGAUUUUUUGGAAAUCUGUUUGAUGACAGUUCUGGUUCUUUUCAUUAUUGUGAUCAUCCCUACAGUGGCGCAGUACUGCCAGUCCAGAGAUCAUACAUCAAUGCCAGAGAAUGGUUGAGAUUGAGAUGAACAAAACAAAACAAAUCAAAUCAAAAAAUAAGCAAAAAUCAACAAAAAUAGAGAUGUUAAUUUAUGGCCAGAAAAGUGCUUAAGUAGCGUGAACCAGGAGUUGAUUUCUUACACAUAUCCACAGGGCAAUGAGGAUGGUUUGGUUUGAUGUUCUAGGAUUUGCACGAAAUCACAGCGCCAGCACCAUUCUGCCACAAAAAAAAGGGAAAAAAGGAAAAAUAAAAGAGGAUUCAGGUAUUGGGAAUUCUUCCAAAGAAGUAGUUGUAAGCAGCUGGGUACACGCAGCCCUCUGUGCAUUUAGAGAACAACUCUAUGAAUGUCUUUGGGGCGCCGCUCUGCAGCGCUGCUCCAUGGCCAGGGCCGGCUGUCACCCCAUGGGCUGCUCCCCACCUUUGCUGCCAUCUGGAGCUCACUUCCUUCUCCAAACACUUCAGUGGGGCAGAACCUCCCAAGGGGCCCCAGCGUGGGGGCACCCCAUAUCCCACAUCCCAUAUCCCGCAUCACGCCCGGCCAUGGGGCAGGCAGAGCUGCAGAGGAUCUUGUUGACCCCAACAAAAGGCAAGAGUGUGGUGUCAUUUCAAGCCAAAUCCUGCGGAUAUUUAGGGUAUAAUUCUCGAUUUGGGGAAGUCAGUGGAAAGUCCCAGUGGCUACCAUGGCCACUGGAUCUGGCCUGGAAGCCCAUGAGUGGCUUGAUUGGAGUUGUUCCCUGUGUUAAAUUCCAUAGGGCAGUAGGCCUGGGUGGGCUUGCUCCCAUACUUAAGUGUUUUCAGGAUCAGACUCCAGGAGUUCACUUAUUUUAGAACCCAUUCCAAGUGCAAAAAUGCAAAAAAAAAAAAAAAAGGGAAAAAAAGUAUAAAAUUUGAGGUGUUAAAAACACAACAUUCUUAACAUGUAAAUAGAGUCCAAAUUGAUUGUGACUGCAAUUCAGUUAGUAUUUAAAAGUAGAGAAAUUGCACUUACUGGAAGAAAGAGAAGAAAAAAAAAAGUAGUUAGUUUAAUUAUGCUGUAAAUUAUUUAAUUUUGGCAAGAUGUAUGUAAUUUAUAUUUACAACACCUUAUGUUAACUUUUUGCUAUUUAUUUAACUUUUUUAUUUAUUAAUUUUAUACUUAUUUUAAACUGGACACUGCACCAUAGAAAUGAAGAUAAAAGAAGCAAAAAAAAAGUUAAAAAUUAAAACUUUUGACCGUAAAAAAAUAAUAUUCCAAAAAAAAAGAAAAAAAAAUAAAAACCCCUAUCUACAACUCCUACUUGUAAUUUUGAUGCAACCAAGUUAUUUUUUAUAUAUUUUGUUAUUUAUUCUUUUAAUGAUGGGAAUUUUUUUAAAGAUAUUUUAUAACUGAGACAUUUUGAUAAUUUUUUGGUUUGUUUUUUUGUGGGAGCAGGGGCACUGGGGGGAAGAGAGACUUUUUCAGUUUUUCUUUUUUUUUCAUUCAUAUUGUUUCAGGCACUGAUAACAGGAAAUGAAAAUUCUGUAUUUAUUAUUUAUUUAAUAUUUAAGUCGGGAAAAAAAUGAACUGUGCUCUUGUUGUAUAUUUAUUUUGUUGUUUGUGUGUUGGUUACGUGAUGACUGAGUACUUGUUUAUGUGAAGGAAUACUGUUAAUAUUUAAAUAAUAAAGAGUCACAUUGAAAGUUAUAGCAGGCUACAUGUUAUUCUGUGAAAACGAAUACUGUGAUCUACUUUCCUCAGGAAAUGUAUUUUGCAGACAGAACUUCCUUAUGUACUGGCAGGGUUAUUUCAUAAUAAAACCCAGUUCUGUUUGUGA